GUUGUGUUUCAGCUGAGCCACAGGUGAAGUUGAGACUGACAAAGGCGUCCGGUAGUGGCCAUCCAGCCAUGCUGGUGUGCAGCGCCUACAACUUCUACCCCAAGAUGAUCAAGCUGACCUGGUACAGAGAUGGGCAGGAGGUGACUGGUGACGUGAUAUCCAGUGAGGAGCUGGCGGAUGGGGACUGGUACUACCAGAUCCACUCCCACCUGGAGUUCACCCCCAAAGCUGGAGAGAAGAUCUCCUGUGAGGUGCACCACACCAGCCUCAAGGAGCCUCUUGUGGUCCACUGGGACUCCUCCAUGCCUGAGCCUGAGAGGAAUAAGAUUGCCAUUGGGGCAGCAGGCCUGGUGCUGGGGUUCGUCGUCACUGCUGCUGGCUUCAUCUACAAACCCCAACUCCGCAGAAGUUGGGACGCAAUGUAAAUUGUGAAUAAUAAC